AUGGAACAACUUCCUUUUUCUUUUAAUUCUAAAAAUGUUACAAUUUUAUUUGACUCUGAUGUGUUUGGAUUUUCAAAGAACUAUUUAUAUAAAUCAAUUUAUAAGAAAAAAAAAGUGUUCUUUUUAAUCUUUAUUGAAGAAAUGAAUCCAAUUGGAUUUUAUGUAGACACCUUAUUUUUCAAUGACUGGUUUCAUGUGGAUGAUUUUUCUAUUACUGAGUUUAUGGAUCAGUUUAAUUUUAUUUGCCAUUCUCAUAAACCCAUUUAUGAUACACUUAUUUUCAAUAAAAGAAAUAAGUUUAUCUUUGGAGUUCAUGGCCUUUUUGGAAUGAAAGUGACAAAGAAACUUAGUUCAAAUAUUAUAACUUGGGACAAUGAAAGAAAGAAGUCAGAAUAUCCAACAAUAGACUUCUUUAAGCCAACAACCAAAUACCCAGUUACUCGACUUCUAGUGUUAUUACAAAAUGAAUAA